CACUGCAUAUUUUACGUGCGCAUGUUGUAAUGGCCGACAAUGUUUGUGUACAUUCAAAACAAAAUAUCGUAGAUAAUUGUUAAUUAUUAAACUAAUAAGUUAAACGAACAAUGGCAAAUCCUGUAAAUCUUCGUAAAUUAGUACUAGGUGGACGUGGACCAAAAAGUUAUCAAAAGAAUGCUCCUGAUUUCACUCCAAUAAAGUGGACUAAAUACUUUGAAUCAGCAGAUACUGUGAAUAUAGAUGGUAAUAAGUUCCACUACUACCUUAAGGGUAAUCAGGGACCUGUUUUAGUCACCAUACAUGGUGGUGGCUAUAGUGCAUUAUCAUGGGCAUUAUUUUCAGAAGAAGUUACUGAUAAGGUGCAAUGUCGUAUACUUUCAAUAGAUCUAAGAGGUCAUGGCAACACUUUUACUACCAAUGAUGAGGAUUUAUCAUUGGCACAAUUAGCUAAUGAUGUUGCAAAUGUGGUAAACACAGUAUUAAAACAAGAGUCCCCUCAAGUAAUCCUCAUCGGUCAUAGUCUCGGCGGAGCUGUCGUCGUGGAAGCAGCUCCUUUAGUAGAAAACUUAAUAGGAGUAUGUGUAAUUGAUGUAGUUGAGGGUACAGCCCUUGAAUCUCUGGCUAGUAUGCAAAGCAUUUUACGUGGAAGACCCUCGACCUUUGCAAGCAUCGGACACGCGAUACAAUGGGGUUUCAAAGGUGGAUCUACGCACAAUAUCGAUGCAGCAAAAGUAUCCAUGCCAGGACAAAUAAAAUGUCUUAAAACAGGUAAAAUCGCCUCACAAAUCGUUUAUGAAACACCUGAUGAUGAUUUAUCAACGUUAAACUUGGUUGAGACUAAUUCUGCAACGCGUGUAAAGCCACAAAUAUUAAACGUACAAGCUAUAUCAGAAGAUGCCGAGGAAGACAGUGAUUCCAAUCAGAGUUCAAGCCGAGAUUUGCCACCAUUACCACCUUCUGCGAGUUUUAAAAUGCCUGGUAAACCAGAACCCAAGUUUGGAUGGCGUAUUGAUUUGGGUAAAACCGAAACGUUUUGGUCUGGAUGGUUUAAGGGACUUUCCGAUAAGUUUUUGAACAUUCCCGAACCAAAAAUACUCUUACUUGCGAAUAUACACGGGUUGGAUACGCGUUUGACCGUAGGGCAAAUGCAAGGACGAUUUCAAAUGCAAGUUCUUCCAAAAUCAGGCCAUGCUAUCCACGAAGAUCAACCCGGUAAAGUAGCGGAUAUUUUGAGUACGUUUUUAGUAAGACAAAAAUUAGCAGAACCCGCCUCAGGAUACAUGCCUACUCUACCCGGAUGUUAAUUUUAAUGUAUUUUAAGCAUGUAAUAUUGACAUGAUAUUAGUUAAAUGCUCAAAAUAUUUAUAAAACAAACUGUUUUGGAUAAUUUUUAAGUUAAUUGUUGGUUUAAUUAUCUAGUUUUGUAAAUAUCCUCAGAAUUUGAUUUGGAUUUUUAAUUUUUAAUUUAUUUCUGAUUUGCUUGAACUUAGUUUUGUUUUGCUUAAUUUCUGUUCGCGUUUGAUAAUAUUGAGUGAAAUUCUUGGAGCAUUUGAACAAAUGUAUAUUUGGCAUGUAUAUUAAAAUAAAAUCAACAAUAAAUAGCAACAGUUUGUGAAA